AAAAGCAAAGGAGAGAGAGAGAGAGAGAGAGAGAGAGAGAGAGGCAGCUUGUAUAAGGAGGCAGUAGUCAAUCAUUCAGAGAGAGAGAAAGAGAGAGAGAGGGAGAGAGAGAGAGGGGGAGAAGCAGCCACUCGCUCGUCCCUCACUCCAGGCUCUAAGUUUACAGGCAGCCAGGCAGAUUUUCUUGGCUUGGAUGCAGCGCUCAUGACAGGAUUUGGAGCCUGGGACGCAGGACCAACCGGAGAUCUGCAGGUCCGACUGGAUCAGCCCCAGCCAGAUUCUCACCCUGCACAGCUGUGACCGGCCUCCUGUGUCCCCCCCCCCCCCCUCCCCCAACACCGAUCUGCCAAGUACAGUCUCCCAAAGUCAGCUUGAUCACUAAGAGACCCAGCCUCCAUCUUUAGUUAUGCAUCUCCUUGCCGCCGUCAUCCUCCUGCUGCUCCUCUCGUCAGCUGAGCCCCGGAGAGGCUCUCGGUCGAAGUUCUCUGUCCGAGGCAGAGGCAGGGCCGGGGUCUCCAGGCGCCAAACUCAGGAGUGUAAGGAAUACAUGGAGGCAGGGGAGAAGUACCUGGACUGCCAGGACAGGCAGCUGACCACAGUGAUGCAGGACUGGCCCACAGAUAUUCAGCACCUACUGCUGGCAAGAAAUAAGAUUCAGGUUUUGCGGGACAACAUGUUCUCCCAGUUCACCCAGCUGAAGAGCCUGGAUCUCCAGCAGAACGUCAUCUCCAUGGUAGAGGACGGUGCGUUCACUGGCCUCUCCCAGCUCACCACUCUGCUCCUCCAGCACAACCAUCUGAAAACAGCCAACGAGGAAGUCCUGCUCCCCCUGCCUCGCCUCACCUACCUCCGUCUCUAUGACAACCCCUGGAGCUGCCACUGCUCAUUAGAUAGCCUGGUCAGGACCCUUCAGGUGCCGAGCAACCGCAACCUGGGCAACUACGCCAAGUGCGUGGAGCCUCAUUCAGUGAAGGGCCAGAAGCUGAGAAAGUUGGAUGUGGACUUGUUGUGUGCGACCAACAAGAGGCCAGACGGUGGAGAUGGAGGGCGACCGAAGCCGCCGCCAAUAAAGGUGAAGCCAGAGGCCACGUCCAUGUGUCACACCUACAUGUUUCCCAAACCUCUGUUGGACUGCAGCAGCAAAGAUUUGAAUCACAUCCCGUCUGACCUGCCGUCUGACAUCGUGAAGAUGGAUCUGUCCAGUAACAGCAUCAAACAUCUCAGGCCCAAACAGUUCCUGCUGUCCAAAGACCUCAAGCUCCUCAACCUUAGCAGCAACAACCUGCACCGUAUAGAUACAGCUGCAUUCGCAGGCCUGCUGUACCUCCGUGAACUUGAUCUAUCCAACAACAGCCUCCAUUACUUCCAGUAUGGCGUGCUGGAGGACCUCUACUUCCUGCGAAAGCUCUCUCUGGGGAACAACCCCUGGAUCUGCGACUACAACGUCCACUACCUGGUCUACUGGCUGAAGCAUCACCCCGGCGUGUUUCACACCGGCCUGAUCUGCUCGGAACCGCAGGAGUUCAAGGGCUGGAGGGUCGAAGACUACGUCAAGACCUACAACGGGGAAUGUCCCAAGGAUAAACAAACUGAGGAGAACGAUACGGGACAGGGGGCGCAAGGAGGGUCCGAAAAUGAAGCGCAAGAGGUGAUUGGGGAGACGACUGAGGGACAGGAUGAGUAUCUCCCAAGACCCUUGAAAGAGAAGAAGCCCAACACCUUCGAGAUCAUCAGGUUGAGUUAGAAUGGAGGUAGAGCAUUGGACUGGUGGUUUAGUAUGGAGGGAAAUUUCCACAAGAGCUUUAAAAUGGAGGUCUGAGGAUAAACUGAACAGUGGUUAAAUAAAGGUAGACUCAGUAAUUUGAUGUUAAAAAGCACAAUUUUGUGAUAAAAUCCCUUACUUGGGCUUAUGAUGUCAUCUUCGUAGUCAAAAAAGGAUCCAUUUGUUUUGUUAGAUUAAAAGUUUUUUACUUGCAGUGCCAUUCUGCUAAGUUUACCUUUAAUAGAAGAGCUAGGAGAGAUUUCAUUUGAGCUUUUCCUUUUAUAUUUUUUGCAAAGCAUUCCCAAUAAGGUCUGUUUUGGAUUUAAUAUUUCUCAGUUUCCCUCCAGAAAGAUGUCUUUGAAUCUCCCAGACAGUGAACUGCAGGUGCUCUCUUUUGUUUUCCAUUACAGUAAUUUUAAUAUUGACUUCAGGAUAUACUACUUUUUUCCUUUCCCCUCUCCUUCAAAAAAGUAGUUUUGGUCUUGUUUGUAUUAAUGUAUGAUAUUGUCUACCUGUUUUUCUGGAAAUAAAAUUGGGUUUAUUUUUCUGAA